UUUCGGGUCACCCUUCGGGAGGACUCCCAGACCAGCUUCCCGCCAGUAGCGACUCACCUCCAACCGUACGACACUAGAGACAGCUGAGACGCCCCGACAUCAUCAUCCCAGGCGACAGUACGAUGUCGCAGCCCCGAAGAAACACCCCCAUAAUCCCCGUUUUCCUCCCCACAAUCACCAUCAGCGUCCCAACGCCAAGCAGUUCCUCCGGGUCAAGCUCGUCUGGUUUGGGGUCGACUUCGAGCUUCAGCGCUAGUGGAAGCAGCACUGGAAGUAGUGGGAAGAAGUAGCUG